ACACACUCCAGCCAACCAACCACCACACGCCGCACCGACAACUACACGCACAGCAUCCACACACGUACACAUAUACACACGCACAGCAUCCACACAGCAACACUCACGCACACUAGGCCUCCGCUCAACCAUAGACUGCGGUGGUGGCACGCCAGCAGCACGCGUAUCGGUAGCACGCCUGACGUCCCAUGUGGCGCUCCUGGCGUCACGGAGAGGUGGGAAGCGGCGUUGCCGGCGGUGAGAAUGGGAAAGAUGCGCAACAAGCAAGCAGCAACAGCCACGGAAGUCAUGGCAGCCACGGCAGCAACCACCCCAACGGCAACCACGGUGGCAGCAGCGACAAUGUUGGCAGCAGCCACGACGAACGCAGCAGUAGUGACCGUGAACAGGAGCGGGGGCAGGUUCAAAGGCGCAAACGCCGACAUGCCCGCAUGCACGAGAAGCACGCCAGUAACCAUGCAGCCAGCAGCGUCGCACGCCCAUCACGCCUGACCAGCAUAACUCAUAGCAACCACAGCGCGGGCGGGUAUACAAGCACAGGCAGCAACCGUAGCCGCAGCCGUGGCCGUCGCGUGCGCCUCGCAUCCACAAAGACGCCUCCGCCAACCCCACCGCUCUCACACUCCCCACUCAUUCCAAACGUGCACGUGCUCGUGGACAGCACAGAUGAAGACGACAACUGCUUCGAUGAUGACAACUGCUUCGAUGAUGGCGGGGAUGUCGGUGACGACGAUGCCAACGGCUUUGACGACGACGACGACGGCGAUGAUGACGACGAGAACAACGGCUUUGACGACGACGACGACGAUGAGGAGGAGGGUGAUGACGACCUUGAGGAUGAUGAGGAUGACGACGAGGAGUACGAUGAAGAAGAUGAGGUGAAUCUGGGCGCCCGCCACACCGACCGUUCCAAGGAUGUGCUUGGCGGCGACCGUCGCAUCGUGGCGAAGAAGCCGCCUUCCUCUCUUGGCAGCGACGCGUCCAUGCCCACCGACGAGAGCAGCGAGGUUGACGACGACGACGACGACCACGGCUAUGGGGAGUACCUCCAGGUCGGCCGGGCGCACUCAGCGUCGCCACCCGCCGCUCACGAGCGUCACACCAGCCGCAAUGCGCGUGCCUAUGGCGGCAGCGAUGGUAACGGCGGUGGCAACGCCACCAGCACUGCACCCGCCAACGCCAACGCCAACGCCCAUGGACACCACCAGCAGCGUCGACGCGACGAGUUCAACGUGCACCACUACAACAACGAUCCAGCCAACCGGGUGCGCGGGGCCCAGGCCGCGUCCGUGAGCGAAGAGCUUCAGGCAACAGAGGGGCAGGUGCACGUGCCGGACGCAAUGAUGCCGCGAACAGACUCGAGCGAGGAUGACAUGCGCAGUUCAAACGCGUAUCGCGCGGCGCGUCGGCGCAUGUGGGCGGCGCAGGAGAGCGACACGGAUGUGAUGCACAGCCACGAGCGCGCAAGGAACCUCACCACAAGCACGCAUGCACACACGCGCCGGCACCACGACCACCAUCAGCACGGGCACCACGAUGCGAGCAGGGUGGCCCAGUCUUCCUUACCAGCGACUGUGGGGCAUCCGGACCAGGCAAUGCCGGCCAAUAACCACGACAGACCCGCCGCACACCCCGAGGGCGACCGCAACGUCACCACCAGCAUGCAACACGGCCACCAUCACCCAUAUCAUGAACACGGCCACCACCACCACCAUCAUCACCCGUAUCAUGCACACCACGCUGCUCGUUCGCGGCGUGUGAGUCGUUUCGGCAGUGCCGUGACGCUGCCUGCGGUUGUGGAGCAGGACGAGGACAUGCCGGUUGGCGGCGCAAGCGGCAACGACACCGAUGACGAGGGCGACGGUAGCAACGACGAGCUGCGCGGGAUGUGGUUCAACGUUGGUGGGAAGAGAGGCGGUGCGCAUUUAUCGCCACCGCGUGCCCACUCGUCCACGGGCGCCGCCACCCCAGCAACGCAUGUUGUGGCAGCCGGCACGAACAGAGGCUUCGACCCAAGCCACCUGUAUCCGGGAGAGUAUGACAGCGGUGUGACCAACCCUGCGCUCGUCACGCGGGAAAGCGGCAGUUCGCACGUACAAGGGAUUGAGCUGAACGCGUGGCGCGGUGCUCUGGAAGCCAAGCAGCACAGCAGCAACAACGGCACUGACACCAACAACGACAGCAGCGACAACCACAACAACAACGGUAACGGUAACGGUAACAGCAAUAACAAGAAUGAUAAUCGGCAGCAGCAUGGUGACAGCCGAGAAGUUGUCAGCACAAAGCAGGGCCACACCAAUGGUGGGCACAUGAACGGGGCAACCGCGAAGACCGUGGCCUCACAUGAUGACAACUGCAAGCACAGCAUGGCCGUGAGCUCAAGCGCAGGAACACUAAGCAACGUGGCGAGCGUGAGCGCACAGGACAUUGUUGCGGCGGUGUCACCUGGCGUGAGCGUUGCACGACACACCAUCAUGCCUCGCCGCCACCGAUCUGUGAGCGAGGAAGGACGGACGGCGUUCCACACGUUUGAUCAUGAGCCGCACUUCAGUCACCACCACGGCCACGAACAUCGGCCCUCUACGCACAGCAUUAGCACCACCCCACAUCCCUACCACCACGAUCACCCCCACCAUCACCAACACCGCCCCGUGGUGUACGACAACCAGCGACGCGGCAGCCACGACCACCACCAAUACAUGCUGGUGCAUCCUGCGGGGGCAACCCCUGUUCCCUCGCGUGGACGCAGCCGGGACCGCCGCCACCGCCACAGCAUCGACAGCUUUGGUCGCGUCAAGCACGCACAGUACCACCACGCCAAGCACGGCGGCAGCGGCGGUGGGGGUGGACAUGUGCACGAGCCGGGACGUGGGCCAUCGUCAUAUCGGGGGUCGAUUGCGGCGGCACUCGACGGCAUUGACUUGAAGAAGCUGUCGGGCAGCACGAAGGAGGUGGAGGUGCAGUACACCACCGACGACCAGGCGGUCAGGUCGAGAUUCGCCGCGCGCAAGUGGAUGCAAACCCUGUCCAAGGACUGGCUCGAUCGCCACAAAGACAGCCAGGACCAUCCUCUCAUCCUCUGCGGCCUCAAGAUCCCAACGCCCUCUCUCCAUGCACCGUACACGCUGGACAACUUGGACGAGGUUGAGGAGCGCGAAGUCAAAGAUGAGCUGUUCUACGACCUCAUCUACGUUGCCGCCAUCAUCAAGCUUGGCAACUACAUGGCUGCGAACGUGUCGUACAGCCGCAUUGCAGACUGUUUUUUUCUGUUCGCCAUUCUCUGGACCACCUGGUUCCACGUCACCAUGAUCUACAGCAGGUUCACGCUGCCGUCGCCGUGGGUGUUCCUGGACUACAUGAUCAUGCUCGCCACACUCGGCAUUGUCCUCCACAUCGCCGUCGUCGACACCACAGUCCUGUUUGUGCCGGAGUCCGCGCGUGCGGACCUGACAUUGAAUCCGUUUGACCUCGGGGAGGGCGGGCAGGAGGUCAAAGUCGACCAGACCUCGCGUGUGCACGUCGGCGGCCUCGUCGUGUGUGUCCUUUUCAGUCGUCUCGUCAUGAUCGCCGUCUACGCCCUCACCUCAAGAUUUGCGGGGAGCGCGCGUGAGCUGUCUCGUGGAUAUCUCAUCAGUCUCCUCCUCUGCACCGUCGUGUGGAGCGUGUCCUUGGCGUGUGCAAUCACCAUGCCAAGUUGGCCGCUGAGAAACCACUUUGCACUGUGGGCCGCUGCAAUGGCUGGGGAGCUGUUCAUGUAUGUGAUCGUGGCAGCAAGCCCCCAGCGCCGCGUUGCACUCAACAUCUGGCACUCGAUUGAGCGCAACAUGCUCUGGGUUGUUCUCAUUCUCGGUGAAUCCCUCAUCUCAAUCGUCCUCCCUUCCCUCGACUGCCAAUGCGAGCCUGGCCACUACCUUGAGCUGCUGCUCAGCUUCACGCUGGUGUAUCACCUCUUCAAGAUGUACGCGCACGUGCAGCCCGCCUCGUCCGGCCGCGACAAACACGUUCUUCAGGGCAGCCUACUGCUUGGGUGGGCGUGGUGCACGUCGCACCUUGCGCUGACGUUCUUCCUGUUUGUCCUCGGCGUCGGCAUGAAACUGGUUGUCAUCCACAGCGAUGACCACCAGUACUUGCGCGAAUACGCAUGGCUGCUGUGCGGAUCUUACGUCUGUUCCAUUUUCGUGCUUUCCCUGCAACGCAUGCUUCACAAGUGGUUCACGCACUCCUACUUCGGCCACGGGAUGAAGCGAACGCUGUUCUGGCUGCUGCUGCCGUGCAUCGCUGCCUUUGCGCUGUUCCUGCCGCCCAUUGCUGACGGCGUUCCCUUUCCAAAAGUCAAAGGCGACAAUCUCAGAGCUGUGCUGCAGGAGGCGCUUGCGUAUGCUGCAAAUCACACCAUUUACAUCACAGACUUCAACCGCAUCUACUACAAGAAGGCGAUUGAGUAUAGCGAAGCGGUUCCUCAAGGCAACGUCGCACCCGUCAGCAUCAUGAUCGCCCUCGUCUGCUUCAGUCUGCUGCUGCGGUGGCUGGAGGUAUUCGCGCUGGUGAAUCAGCUGGAUGAGGAGGCGGAAGAGGCGGAGGAGUCCGAUGAGGAGCUGGAGGAAUCCUCGUCCGGCAUUGAAGACAUUUCACAGGACGAAACAGGACCCUUGGGGGAGCUAAAGGAAGAAGAGGAGACCGUCCAAGCCAUGGAGGAAGGCAGGCGACCAGAAGUGGCAGUGAAGCAUGGCGAAGCGGUGCACGGGCAAGCUGGUGCAGAUAGUACGGGGGCACUGCAGGUGUUCGUGCCGGAAAGUCACGGGGAGCGGGUUGAGCACGGCCCGUCGCCGCUCCCGUCGUCAUCAACGCCUCGCCAGUCGCACCGCCGCCAGCAGGGAAGACGCCACCCGUCUGCACCAGCGCCGACGCGCAGCCGCCGCAGGAGGAAGAAGGUGUACCGCAAGCAUCAUCGCAUGACUCGAUUUGGCACUCUCGCGGAGCGGUUCCAGGCGCGCUUUGGGUCUUUCGCUGGCCCCGCACCCAUGACCUUGCGGAAUGCCCACGCGCAACAGUCUCUCUUCAAAAGCCGGCAGAGAAAAUCCCUGAUGGCGCGCAUGCAUUCUGCCAAUCUCUACUCCACGUCACGUCAUUUCGUCGCAGAGAUUAUCGGCUCGGUGCCGCUGUUCGCAUCGCUGCCAGCGCAUCGCCUCAACGACGUGCUGCAGCUCUUCUACCUCCGCAAUACGCGUCCUGGCGAGGUGAUUGUGCGGAACGGGGAGCCUGCAGACCACUAUUACAUUGUGGCGCGUGGUCAGUUCAAGAAGACGACACAGCUGAGCCACUCCCACGAUGAGAUUGACAUUGGGCAGCUUGGAAUUGGGUCGACAUUCGGGCUGCAGAGUGUGCUUGCCGCCGCGCCAAACACAUCCACGGUGGAAUCCAUCACGGCUGGCAAGUUAUGGUGUCUGCAUGCAGCGGACAUGCGCGCACUGCUGCCGUUUGGCCGCGACCCGGCGCACGGCACGCUCAGGGCCAAGUCUGUUGCAUGCGCUCGACCCAGCAAAUUUGCCAUGAAGUCUGACCGCGAGCCACGCAAACGACAGGCCCAUCGGACGUACUCUGUCAACAACAUGUCGCUGCUGCAGAGCACAAGCGCAGAGGCAAGCCGCGUCAACGACCCAUACACGCGCAUGCACGACAGCACAGAUGCGCAUCAAUUGCUCGAACGUGCGCUUGAGGCGGGCUACGAGGAGGAUGACAGCGACGACGCCGCGUCCCAGUACGACGACGACCACGACCGGAACGACUUCAAUAAGUCGACGAUGUCACUUUCACACACACACGUGCGCGAUGAUGGCGAUUUGCGGCGGGCGGCGCUGGUGCGGGCGAUGUCGAUGGACGCAAUGGGGCCGAGAAGACGCCAGUCGGCGCCCAUGAUGCCCGCGGUGCAGGAGCGGGGUGGAGAGCAGGAUGGGUUGGUGCGGCGUGGUGAUGCUCGGCAUGGUGAUGACGACCACGACGAUGACGACGAUGGUGAUGACUGGCAGCAUGCGAAGAGAGGCCGCGAUCGCUUGCGACACACGCAGUCGUCACCCAUCACGUCUGGCGUGAGGGAGGAAGAUGCUGCAAUGGCGGAGGGUGAGGUGCUGGAGGCACAUGGCUAUGACGUUGAUGGUGAAGAACCACAACAACAACAACAACAACAACAACAACAACAACAACAACAACAACAACAACAACAACAACAACAACAACAACAGCAGCAGCAGCAGCAGCAGCAGCAGGAUGAUGAGGACGAUUGUGGUUCUGGAAGGGCGAGUGCUGGGAGUCACUCGCAUGUGAUGUUCAGUGACGAUGUUGUGAUUGUGUAGAUUCGUGCUUAUGACAGCAUUGUCCUGUGUGCCUGAUGACUUUACUCGUUUGGUUGGUGCGUAAUGUAUUGCAAUUCUUCUGUGGGUCGUUUGCUGCUUGCGGCUUUUGCUUGAGACAUAAACAAC